AUGGGUAGGGAUAAGAGAACCAGGAAGUUUGCACUAGUAAAACGCACAAUUAACGCAAAAAAAGACCAGAGAAUAAAGGAAAAUGAAGGAGGUACAUCAAAAAGUGAGGAUCCAGAGUUAACAAGAAGCAUACCGCAAGUGUCUAGUGCCCUUUUUUUCCAAUAUAACGAAGCUAUAAAGCCUCCAUAUCAGAUUCUCAUAGAUACAAAUUUCAUAAAUUUUUCAAUUCAGAAAAAGAUUGAUUUGGUCAAAGGUACCAUGGACUGUCUUUUAGCAAAGUGUAACCUAUAUAUCACCGAUUGUGUUAUGGCUGAAUUAGAGAAGCUUGGUCCUAAAUUUCGUAUAGCUUUAAAAUUGGCUAAAGAUCCGAGGAUUAAAAGACUAACGUGCACACAUAAGGGUACAUAUGCUGAUGACUGCAUUGUACAUAGAGUGUUACAACACAAGUGCUACAUUGUUGCAACCAAUGAUGCUGGGUUGAAGCAAAGGGUUAGAAAAAUUCCAGGUAUACCAAUAAUGAGCGUCGGUGGUCAUGCAUACGUGAUUGAAAAGUUACCAGAUGCGUUUUAA